UGAGGUGGCGGCAGCAGCGGCCGCCGGCCCGUGGGGAGCGGGUUGAGAGGGGACGCGGCGGCCACUGGAGGAGUGCUAGGUCUGUGUGCGAGCGGGAUUGGGGCGCGCGCCGGCUGCGGGAGGCCUCGGAGACCCGGGCGAGGGGCCGGGUGGUGUGGAGCCGCUCGUCAGUCUGCCGGCGCCUCUUCUGCGGAGGAGCAGCAGCAGUCGGAGGGUGCGGGAUUUUAGAAAUGGCUACUCCCCAGUCAGUUUUCGUCUUUGCAAUCUGCAUUUUAAUGAUAACGGAAUUAAUUUUGGCGUCAAAAAGUUACUAUGAUAUCUUAGGUGUGCCAAAAUCAGCAUCAGAGCGCCAAAUCAAGAAAGCUUUUCACAAGUUGGCCAUGAAGUACCAUCCCGACAAAAAUAAGAGCCCUGAUGCUGAAGCAAAAUUCAGAGAGAUUGCAGAAGCAUAUGAAACACUCUCAGAUGCUAAUAGGCGAAAAGAGUAUGAUACACUUGGACACAAUGCUUUUACUAAUGGUAAAGGACAAAGAGGUAACGGAAGUCCUUUUGAGCAAUCAUUUAACUUCAAUUUUGAUGACUUAUUUAAAGACUUUGGGUUUUUUGGUCAAAACCAAAACACUCGGUCCAAGAAGCAUUUUGAGAAUCACUUCCAGACACGCCAGGAUGGUUCCAGUAGACAAAGACAUCAUUUCCAGGAGUUUUCUUUUGGAGGUGGACUGUUUGAUGACAUGUUUGAAGAUAUGGAGAAAAUGUUUUCUUUUAGUGGUUUUGACACCACCAAUCGGCAUACAGUACAGACUGAAAAUAGAUUCCACGGAUCUAGCAAGCACUGCAGGACUGUCACUCAACGAAGAGGAAAUAUGGUUACUACAUACACUGACUGUUCAGGACAGUAGUUCACUAUUUUCUGUUCUCACUAAAGCCAACUAGUUGACUUUUCUUCAAUACCCUUUGAUGCAACAAUUUUCUGUGAACUAUUUUGACAAGUGCAUGAUUUCACUUAACUUGAUAUAGAUAUUAAAUGUAUUUAAAUGUUUUUGACAAAUUCAGCAACACUCAGUAGAAAAUAGCUAAUUAUUAAUUUCCCUGAUAGGAAAGAUUCUUUAAAAAAGAUACUAUAAUUCUGCCUGGUCUUUUUUCUCUACUUGCCCUUGGGCUUACUUGCGUGGCCAGUUUUAUUACCAAGAAAAGAUUGAGUUUGCCUGAUAUAUAUUUAAAGGUUAAACUUUGAAACUUAUUGUAGAUUUAAAUUGUGUGAACUUGAAUGGUUUUUGCAGUGAAACCUUUGCUAAUUUAAAAUUGCAUGCUCUGCGGCAUCUCUGAUUUGGGUUGCUAAAUGUACACAAAACUGUAAUUGAGUCAUUCAGCAAAGGAUAGCAGUAUCUUUCCACUGAAAAUUUUAGAAAGGCAUGAUUUAAUAUUUACCACAGAACCAUACCUUUCUGCAGUAAAAUUGGAAUAAGUGAAAUGAUUGGAUUGCUCAUAGCCAUUUGGCUGAAAGAAAGUUGAAAACUUUUGAAAUAUUACCAAGAGAUUGUUACAUGCUUGGUCCCUGGCUAAUGAUUUUGUAGUGUUGAAAUUAUAGCUAAUUUAUAUAUCAUUUCACAUUUCUUUCUUUGUUGUUGGCGCUCUAAGUCUUAUAUGGAUUUAUGUAUUUUUUAUGUGUGUGUGGUUCCUCUUCUUUGCACUCAUCUUUAUCUAGAGAUUGACUAAUACCUCAUUCUGUUUGUAAAAACAGCCAGUAAUUUCUGUGCAACCUUAUUAUGUGCAAUAUUUUUAAAUCCUAAGAAAUGUGUGCUUUUGUUUUCAUAUAGACUUAUUUCUUUAGUUCAGCACUUUUUGCAUUAUACUCCAUACGAGUAUUAAUCCUAUGGAUACAUAUUAAAACUAGUAAAUGUCUCAUACAACAUUGUGUGUGAGUGAGAGAAAUAUAAUAUUUACAAUAUGA